UAAGGCGGUGUCGCUCAGUGUGUGCGUUGCUGCUGUCAGAAACGGAAUUCGGUUGCGUGAUUGCCAUCCGCCGGAACACGCCCCACACACACUCAGUCUUAAGCCGUGACAGCUGCUGAAGGGCACCCAGGCGUUUUACUUUUUAUUUAUGACAUUUUUUUAACCCUCGGAAUCCACUUUUUUUUUUUUUUAGCAUCUUAACAAGACUGCUGUUUUUAAUAGACAUUUUACUAGCUUGUUUGUCACCGAGAACUCCGAAGAAUUGAAAUAAGUUUUCCAUCUUCUUGCCAUCUACGAGCCAAAAGUAACUGUUUUCUUCGCGGAACCUGUUGCUGUGAAACAGAUUGCUUCGCCGCAGAUUCUACGUUAGUAGCGGAAAGACAAGCCGCGCAGCACGACUUCCCUGCUCAGCGAGACUGGUUGCUAGGAGACGCCUUCAGUGCACGAGAAGCUGCAGUAGGCGAUCCUCGUGGGCGUGGUGACAUCGAGCUCGUUUUCCUUCACUGCUUUAGGGAGGUCAGUCAUGUCCUCCGCCCUUUCGGAAGCAGCUCCUGUGUCUCCGCGUUUCAGCGCUCUUUCGUGGCCACAGGUGCGCCGCUUGGAUGCCAUACUGGAUGAGAGCGUGCCAAUCCAUGGCAGGGGCAACUUCCCCACCCUAUCCUGUCGCCCCCGGGACUUGGUGCAGGUGGUCAGGUCUCGUCUGGAGCAGAAGGGGAUUCUUGUCCAUAAUGUGAGACUGAAUGGUUCAGCUGCUAGCUAUGUGUUGCAUCAUGAUGGUGGCCUGGGAUAUAAAGACUUGGAUCUGAUAUUCAUGGUGGAUUUGAAAGGGCCAGAUGCCUUUCAAGUAGUAAAACAUGCAGUGCUGAAUUGCCUUUUAGACUUCCUGCCAUCCGGUGUCAAUAAGGAGAAAAUAACACCUAUGACUUUAAAAGAGGCCUAUGUUCAGAAGCUGGUUAAAGUCUGUACAGAAAGUGAUCGUUGGAGUCUCAUCUCCUUAUCAAACAACAAUGGUAAAAACAUGGAACUGAAGUUUGUUGAUUCUCUGAGACGCCAGUUUGAGUUUAGUGUGGACUCCUUUCAGAUCAUCUUAGAUUCUAUGCUGCUAUUCAGCCAGUGUUCAGAAAACCCAAUGUCCCAAACCUUCCACCCCACAGUAACUGGUGAGAGCAUGUAUGGAGACUUUGAGGAUGCUAUGGACCACCUGCGCAACAAAAUCCUUGCCACACGCAACCCAGAAGAAAUCCGGGGAGGUGGUCUUCUUAAAUACUGUAACUUGUUAGUGAGAGGUUUCCGACCUAAAUCAGAAGUGGACAUGAAAACAAUGCAGCGGUAUAUGUGCUCUCGUUAUUUCAUUGACUUUCCAGACAUAAGGGAACAGCAGAGAAAGCUUAAGUGUUACUUGCAGGAUCAUUUUGUGGGAAUGGAGGACAAACGAUAUGACUACCUGAUAACCCUUCACCAAGUAGUAAAUGAGAGCACUGUGUGCCUGAUGGGACAUGAACGUAGGCAGACACUUGCACUUAUUGCUUCCUUGGCAACACAUGUGUUAUCAGAACAGAAUCAUCCCCAAGCUGUGCCCACCUUUACUUGCUACUACCAGCCAGCCCCCUACAUAGGUGAAGUCAACUACAAUAGCUAUUACUUUACUCCUGUCCAGCCACUCAUGCCUUGCAAUCACUCAUACCAGACAUGGCUUCCUUGCUGCAACUGAGACCCUGACUGUUUGCUAAAAUGAGCACUUCCGUGGCAGACCCUACCCCCUCUUGACUGACUAAACUAAAUGAGCAAAGAUCAAUUUUGUUGAUGAUUUUUUUUUCCCCCAAUCACUCUUCCAUUUUUACAUUUUAUAAACCGUAUUAAGGGUACCAGCAUAUUGGAUAUCUUACAUGAUGCUUAUGCAAUUAAUUUGUUACUUUUAGCCUUGUAGGGUGCAUUUGAAAAAAAAAAACAGGCUGUCUUCCAUAUAAGACUGUAGAGAACAGGAUUGUUGGAAGACUUCUGCUUUCAGAGCUCCAUAAUCUACUUUAAGAUACAUUGGGGUUUCAACAUUUUUUUUUUUUUCUCUCCUUUGGACCAAAAGUGUAUUAAGUGCCUGUAUUAUCAAAACACAAAGGAGGAGCCUUAAAGGAAUAGUUUACCUUAAAAUCAUUUAAGAUGUAGACGGCAAUAUUCUACUGCAAUUUACAUUUUUAUUCACCUUGACAUCCAGAUUAAAGUCAGGAUGGAGUAUAGCAAAUGGUCUAUUAGAAAUAAAACUAAAAGAAACCGUAUUCAUAAACCAUACAAAAUACAAAUAAUGAAAAUGUUGCUUAGGAUAGGUCCAUCCAUUAUACACUAAAUAUUAUUUUAAAGGUGAACGUCUCCUUUAACUCUUACUCUGGUUUUAGUAUUUUUCUGUCUGAUACAUGCUAAGAUUGGAUCCUAUUUGUUACAUCUGGUGCCACAGAACAAAUAUAAUCUGCUGCAGUUUAAUGUAUACCUUGUAGUUGCCCUGGCAAUUGAAGGGCUGAGGGGUACAUUUGUUCUCUGUAAAUCUUUAUACAACAAAAUGUUGCUCUGCAUUGCAGGUAGUGGGUAGCAUAAUUCUUUGAUCCCAAAAAGUGAGCUGUUACACAUGGUGCUAUGGGUUCUAUUUACCAGGUCGGUGUACCUUUUUUAACUGGCAGUUCAUUUUCAUUGUUAAAUAAUAUUUUGUGUCGCUAGUUCAUGCCUUUGGUAGUCCCCCCCCCCCCACCCCACGGACUACACUUAAACCAUAGCCAUAGAAAACAAAUUUUAGGAAGCCUCAAUUGCUCAUUUAAGCUGCUUUCAUUUUAAAGUGAGUUUUGGUUGUAUUAUGACUAAAUACAUACUGGCAAACUAUUAUGAAUGCCUAAAAAUCCGUCUUUCCUACAUGGAUAACCUGCUGCUUGUUUCCCAUGAAACAGUCAGAUCUGUGGAAGUAAAAGCUAUACAAUAAAUGUCCUCUCUCUGUAGCCUGUGGUAUGUAACCAUUCAAAACUCAAAGUAUAAUUUACCCACAAAGAAAAAGUGAAAUAAAAAAAAAAGCUGUGCACCUACUCUGUAUGCAGACAUAUGUGUGUAUAUACAUUUCUGUUUAAACAUUUAUUAUCAUUACAAUCUUGGAAGAUAAAUCUGGAAUUACCAGCUGAUAAAAGAUGCAGUUUCAGCCCAUGGUUUAUUUUUAUUUUUUAUUUUUUUUCUUCUCCUCAAAUGUUUGCUGCAUGGCUGGAGUUUUCUUUCUUUCUAAGCUGGCCAUAGAUGCAAAGAUCCGAUCGUUCGAAUCAUCAAACGAUCGGACUUCGCAUCUCCCAACCUGCCACUAACCAUUCAGAUCAAAUAAAGUAGAAAAGAACAGAUUGGCCGAAGUUCUGCCCCUGACGGCAAUCGUACAAAAGUUAUGUCCGACAAAAGCUAGUGACAGUCUCCCAUUGAAAAUCAUACGAUCGACAAUACAUGCAGAGAUAUCGGCAGCCGACAAAUCCUUUAACCUGGCCGAUUGACCAAACGACUGAUCUCCGCCGGAUGAAAAAUGACGGGACUCUCCACACACGGUCAGAAAAUCGUAUGAAUCUGAUCUUUGCGUCUAUGACCAGCUUAAACCAUAAAAUGUUUGAUUUAUUAGGAUUAUGGAUUAACCUUCCACUUUUCGAAAUGUUUCUAUAUUUUAUGGAUACCGUAUGCCUCUGGAUUAAUGUAAUUUAAGUUGGCUAAACUUUGUAUGCAGAAGGAAGAGCUGUAAAAUACUAGAAUUCUUUGGAACUAAUGCACGGUCUUUAACUCCUUGAUUGCCAGUGAAUCACUGACUUGUGAAGACCUUUCCAAAUUAUUCAAUAAUUAAGCUUGGCAGUGCUUAGCAUGGUGGGGGUGUAAUGACCUUAGUUACUGCCCUUGUUAAAAUGUGCAGCUAACUGGAAACAUUGUAGCUUAUUUACAUCCUCUAAUAUUUGGUUACAUUUUUGGCCUAUGCCUAGUGUAUGAAAGAUUGACUCUUGGUCCUGCUGUGAUGUAACACUGUCAGAACUCCACUUCUUACAGCCCCUGCUGCUGAAAAGCACUGUUGUAUUGAUGUUUAUGUUGCAAGUACUUGUUUGCAUGAUUGUUGGAGAAGCUUUGAGCUUGUUUCAAACGCUUGGGGAGAAAAAAAAACUAGGGUGGGUAAAGGAAAUUUUUUGACCAGUUUGCUGCAGCAACAAUUUCAUUUCCCCUCCUUCUGACCAAAUUAGGCAGCUUUCUCUAGGCCUGGGAGUGUCUGACAACUGGUGACUUCAUUCUACAAGAUGCCUGCUCAGCCAUUCUCUGAAGCCUUGCAAAUGCUUAACUGCCUCACUGCCAAACCAAUCUCUCUCCUGUUCUUUCAUUUCUAACUUCUGCUUAGACCAGCACACUCAAACUUUUAUGUACCUUCAUUGUUACUCAUAAUAUGCUGGGUUUCCAUUUUUAUGUUUCCCACCCCACAUUAGUAUGGUGAAUAGGUGCCAAGCAAUUUAUAGCCUGCACCACUCAUCUCAUACAGGCGGGCACAAGAUUCAUUCAUUUUAAAGUUUUUUGUUUUUUUUUAAAUUUUUAUUGCCUUGUAUAAAAAAAAAUUGUGCAAGGCAAAAAAGUUGAGCAAUAUGAAUUAUUUAAGCAUUUUACAAUAUGUUGUGUUUUUUAAUGCAGCAUGCACAAUUUACUAUUUUUGAAUGCAUAUUCUCAUAUUGGGAGCUGUGAAAGGCAAAAAAAAACUUGACGCGCAUAUUAUGGCUGCAAUUGCAUUUAUAUGUGCUGAGAGUUUUCUCUUAAAACUGCAAACUCUUAUACAUGCUCUGUGUUUAUGUAGCCUUAACCUGUUUGAAAGCUGUCACUUUCCAGGUUCCCAUUGCUACUGGAACAAUAUGUAACACUUUCUAUGUUCAUUUUAAGAGAAAUACAACAAAAAUAAAAUCUAUUUUCUCA